AUGAACAACUUUUGGAAGGCUGGUCAUUUCCGACCAUCGACUCACAACGAAGGGGUUGUUGCUGUUGAAGCAUUUGCAGUGCAAUCGUCUUGGACCGUGGUUCCCCAGUUGGAGAACUGCACCCUUGAGCUCAUUGGGGAGAUGCGUGCUGCGACGAGGAUGUCAACAAUAGAGAUCUCGUUCACUGCUGUUUCUGAUGCGGACAAGUUGGUCAUGACAGCAUUGAAGCCAACAGGCUUUGAUUUCACUGCUACGAUUGCCCUCUCUGAUGGCCACGAGAUACUCGAUGCUGGUGGUAGCACACUGAGCCUUAGAGUGGUCACAAGGGCAGGCGAGAGGAAUACCGUCAGGCUUGGGGAGGUCAGUGCUCAGUAG